ACGGCUAUUUCAAACAGCCGCUAAGAGGACAUUUAGCUGAGCGACCGCGCUUUUAAUAACAGACCGGAAGUCGUGGUUAUUAACUCUGUUAAUGACUAACGCGCGGCGCUCGGCGCACGCUUCCUCGAUACUUGGAAGUAAAAAACGUGAUGCGUACCAGCUAGUGUUGAAAGACAAGUGUGCGCAAUGAGCAUUUUUAGAAUAUUUAGGAAAUUACCUCACAGAUAAGGUGCUAUAAGCGGCAGUGCCAUGAAUACUGUAACAAUAAGAAGAGUUUACUUUACAGUGCUAAGGCAAUUAAUGGCGGAAACAAAUUGCGCAAAAUAAAUGACUUCAUGUUCAGACUAUGAUCUUGCCUGAGUUUUUAUAUCGCAACCACUGCAUUCAAUGCAAUCUCCCCCCUUUACAGUUCUCAUUUCUACACUCAUACGGUAUCGCGAAUGCUUUUUGACUGAUUUCUGAACUUACUUAAUAUUUGGAGUUCAUGGCCGGCGCGACCUCGGAAGGUGAACGCAUUAACAGUAUUCACCUACAAAAUCUUGAAAAAAUUUGCAGAGUUUGUGGAAAUCGCCUCAAGAAAUACAAAGACCGGUUCGAAACUAGUUAUAAUUGCAAGGGCCACGUAGUAUUUCUUGCUGAAACCUACAAUUUGAGUAUUGAAAAGGACGAUCAGACGAUUCACCCAUCGAAGUUCUGUCGUGAGUGUUUUCGGUCGUAUCGCAUCCACACUCGCGAGGUCGUUUUUUGGGAAAAACAGACUGACACUUGCAGUACUUGCGAAAAAGAAGAGUUUGCAAGAAAAGGAGGAAGACCAAAAAAGUCAAAGCGAGGUGGUGGAAACACAAGAAAAGCGCAGCGACGGAUCUCCUUUGUAGACUCUGUUGCGGCGUUACAAGAUCAAAUAGCCGAUGUGACAAAAGAGAUUGCAAGUCGACGGAUUGAUAAUUUUUCAGAACGGUUCGAGUUGAACGAAAUCCGAAAAGACGACUUCUAUUGUCCAAUUUGCUGCGAGCUAUUGGACAAACCGGUCGAGACAAUCUUUACGCAUAAUGCUUGUGGCGCGUGCCUUACACAAGCCCUUGCCGUUAACUCUUCAUGCCCGGUGUGUAAAACAAUCCUCAGUUCCGGGGACGACAUCAAAAAGUUCAACCAUACGCUACUUGGUCUGAUAGAAAGUCAAAUAUACAAGUGCAAAGGAUGCGGUAAGGAGGUACAAUAUCAGCAUUGUGGGGAACAUGAAUGUCGACCAAGCGAAGGCAGCGCCCCCCCAAACGUCGCCCAACAGCAGCCAUCCCAGACAAUCAGCGAGGCCCUAAAAGACCUGAGAGAUGGGAAAAUGAAUAGGGAGGUCGCCGAACUGGGGACUGCAGUGGUGCGAGAACUUUUAAAGCGCUCAGCUGACAAAACCGUCUCACUACCAUGCCGCGGAAAGUCAUUGGUGUUAAAACACACGCCAAAUUCCCAAAAGCCAAAUGACGAGGUUUCUGUCCGGCAUUUGAGAAGAAGGGUCUCUCAUUUACAGAAGGUCGGUGGGAGGCUAAGCGCGGGUGGGGAGAUGGACACCCUGGUUAUCCAUCAACUGCGACAAAAGGAGAAGAAGGAGCGCGAGGCAGUUCUAAAGAAAGCCCUUGGCAAGGAACUCAUCUUGCAGAUUCCAGAGGGAGAGGCCUUGGCCAUGAAAGCUGACCUCCGCCUACCUUGGUUUGCCCUUGGAAAGCUUACGCGGUAGGUUUUUAUUUAUAAAAAUCUAAAUUAAUCCUUUGUUAGAAACGAAAUAAUUGGUUGAAAUAGCAACAUAUCUUAAAGUAUUUGUUUCGCUACGACAGGUGGUUUAGUAACUGGAUUUUGUCCACAUUUUGUUCACAAAGCCCAAGAAUAUUGAAGCCGUUUGCCACAGAGUCAUUGAGGUCUGCCAGACUGAGUGUCCAGAACUACUUGGCCAGGCAAGAACUGUCAAGGCAAAAUUCCAACAGUUGUUCAGCUUAUUCAGUGUUUGCCACUUCAAGUACAAUUCUGCGACCCCGAUGUCCCAAGAACAGUUAUCAAUUCUGGGUAAAUACGAAUUGAAAUAGUGCCAUUCUACAACCUGAAUAUUCAAACCUAUUUUGACUUAUUUUUCGCCAACAGAGCAAGAUAUCAAACUACUAUGUGGUUACUACCGCGAAACAUUUCCUGAUGAGUCUUUCCCUCCCAAGUUACACAUGCUGGAGCACCACGUCGUGGAAAUUCAUCAGGCGCUGGAGAUUCCAUUUGGGCUUUUUCGGGGAGCAGGGAGGCGAAUCAAUCCACCAUGAGCUUCAGGCCCUGCACCGUACGCACAGCCAAACAAAGCCGGCUACAAAUCGCCUCAAAGCCAUCAUCCAAGAUCACUACGUGAUCGUUGCACCGGCUAACAGGAACGUUAUUCCUGAGAAGAAACGGCGUAAUCU